AUGGCGACUCCGGCUUUUAAGCCAUAUGGUAAACCCCCACCUUUUGAUUUGGAGGAAUACAAAGAUUCCUUCGAUCUAUGGCACAAGAAAUGGACGAUUUUUCUUAGCCUGUCUACGAUUGACUCGGCACUGGACGCGGGUGAGCGGGCCGUGUACAAGGCUCACACUCUGCUAUCGUGCUUAUCAACCGACACACUUCAAGCUGUUCUUUCCAUGGGCCUCACCGACACGCACCUCGACAAUCAUACGGUCGUCAUCGACCAUCUCCGUGCUCGUUGCAAUGCCAGCCGCAACCGCCACGUGUGGCGCCAGCAGUUCUCCGCAAAGAAGCAAGGUGCCCAGCAAUCAGCUGACGAUUGGUUGUGCGAGUUACGUGACUUGGCCCGAAAGUGUGAAUUCCAAACCGAUUGUUGCGCCCGAUGUGAACCCACCCGUAUCUUAGGCCAACUUAUAUUUGGCCUAGAAAGUGACGAAGUUCGUGUAAAGCUCCUUGAGCAAGGUGUUGCGUUAACGCUAGAUGCAGCACUGACAAUUUUACGGACAGCUGAAGCCUCCAACAAGCAGUCAAUCAACUUGAAGACCGGAGACGCAGCAGCGAUCCAAGGCGCCAAUUCAACGUACAGGCGAUUCAAACAAACUUCAGGCAGUCCACCACCCCGUGACAAAACGGGCAAGCCGCCCGCACGUGACAAUAAACCGGCAAACGACAAGUUUACGGGCUGCGGAAAUUGUGGCUCGAAAUCGCAGUGUAAACCCUUGACGGCCUGUCCGGCCCAAGGCAGGAAGUGCAACAAAUGUGGUCGGCCAAAUCAUUAUGCUCAAGUGUGUCGUAAUUCAAAGCCUACCCCAAAGCAGCAGAGCAUUUAUGUUGAGCCAUCUCCUCUGACAGUGGGGGCAGUGAAAACCUCAGAUCUAGUGGCAGUAUCGAUAACACCGAAAAAACUUCCCACGGCAAACGGCGAGCACGCCGCAGUGGUGGUUCAUGCUCUUCCCGAUACAGGCGCUGACAACGAUGCCAUCCCGGAAUCGCUCUACAUGCAGAAGUUUAGUAGCGUGUCGCUGCGAAAAGGCAUCCAGCCAGUCACGGCCGUCGGGAGCCCAAUCGUCAACGUCAGCGUUUUCAGCACGCUUAUUGAGUGGACAACGAAUGACAAGAAUUCCUGCUCAUUAAGCACCAACGUUCACGUUUUGCGUGAGUUGAAGCAGCCAGUGUUAUCAAAGAAGAGCCAGCAGGCGCUAGGGAUGCUUCCAUCCGGUUACCCGCACAUCCGUGUUGGAUCAGUGGCGCACACGCCACCUAGCGCCAGCCAACGACAAGCCGACCUCCGCCAGCUUAUGAGCGAGCAGCCGAAAAUUUUUGACGGAGCAUGCCGACCGAUGACUGAACCACCCUGCCAUUUUCAGUUAGUAAAAAAUGCCAAGCCGGUGGCCAUGCGAGGCUCCCGUCCAGUAUCAGUCCCCAUGCUGCCGAAGCUGAAAGCCGAGCUGGACGCUCUCGAGUUCGCCGGCAUCGUGCGCCGAGUGUCGAAGCUGACUGAAUGGGUUCACCCUUCAUUGGUGGUAAUGAAGAAAAACGGUGACAUCAGGCUCGUUAUUGAUUUUCGUGAGCUUAACGAGUGUAUAAUCCGGCCAAACUUUGAAACAGCCACACCCUUUCAGGCCGUGCGCACCAUUCCGCCCGGAAUGAGAUUUUUUACUGUUAUUGAUGCGCUGAAAGGAUAUCAUCAGGUGCUGCUGGACGAUCCAUCGAUCGACUUGACAACGUUUUCCACGCCUUGUGGACGGUACCAAUACCUCCGGCUUCCGUUCGGAGUGACACACGCCGGCGACGACUACUGCCGACGUGUGUCAGAGAUUUUUUACGAUCUCUCAAAUUGUAGGCGCAUUGUCGAAGACGUUCUCAUCUUCUCCGCCACCUACGACGAGCACGUCAAAGCAGUGCGAACAGUGUUUGCCCGGGCAGCUGCCCACAACGUGUCGAUAAAUACGGCAAAAAUAGUAUUCGCCCAACCCGCAGUGACUUUCGGCGGUUACGUCGUAGAAGAAAACGGUUUUCGGCCAGAUCCGGCGCUCAGAAGAGCAAUUAGUGAAUUCCCAGUGCCUAAAUCAAUCACCGACGUCCGUUCUUUCUUCGGGCUGUGUCAGCAAGUCGGUCAUUUCUCCGACCAGUUAGCCGCCGCCUUAGACCCUCUAUCUCCACUGCUCAAAGCAGGGUAUGCUUGGGAGUGGACGACGCGGCAUGACGAAACGUUUUGUGCGGCAAGAAAACUCCUGUCCGCAGUCCACGAUUUAGCGUUUUACGACCCAAAACGGCCGACCAGUCUCCACGUCGAUGCGUCGCGUCUAAAUGGACUCGGAUUCUUACUCAAGCAACUCGACGACUCAAAAAAAUGGCGUAUCGUACAAGCAGGUUCACGAUUCAUCUCAAGCGCCGAAUCCCGCUACGCAAUGAUCGAACUCGAGUGCCUGAGUGCUGCGUGGGCAAUGCAUAACUGCCGACAGUUUUUAGAAGGACUCCCGUCUUUCGAAUUAGUGACGGAUCACAAGCCGUUAAUCCCGAUCCUUAACAGUUACGCGAUGGAUAAGUUAGAUAAUCCCCGCCUCCUGCGUUUGCGUCUGAAAAUGCAGCGUUAUUCAUUCGUCGCCCGAUGGGUGCCCGGCAAGCAGAACGCUGACGCCGACGCCCUCUCACGGGCCCCAGUUAAUCACGUGACAACGAGUGAUGAACUGGGGGAAGGAUUGCCGUCUUUCCCUGCAAAAAUCGCCAUGAUGAGUCUCAUCGGAGCCGAAUUGUCGACGGCCGACCCAACUCUCGACCCUGUGCUCGAAAAAAUUGGCGCGGCAGCCAUCGACCCCAUCAUGCUCAAAUUAAGAAAUCAAAUAGUUGCAGGCUUCCCGAACUACAAGUGCAAUUUAGACAUUGACUUGCGUCGCUAUUGGUGUGUGAAAGACCGGCUGACAAUCGACGAAUCGGACGAUAUGAUCGUCCUUGGACCCCGUGUAGUGAUUCAACAAUCUCUUCGAGCAGCCAUAUUGCGUGAUUUGUCGGCGAUGCACCAAGGCGCAACAAAAAUGCGUCACAAACAUAUCCCGUCGUUACCACCUGAACCGUUUCGUCCGCGCCGCCCGGCAACUCGCCCUUUUGAACAAAUUCACGCGGACCUAGGUGAAGUCAACGGCCGUCAUUUCCUCGUCAUAGUUGACAGUUUUAGUGGUUGGCCUCACGUGGUCGCAUUUCGCGACAUCAAAACUUCCGCUCGCGCUAUCAUCGGUCACAUCCGUACCUUUUUCUCCAGUGUAGGAGCCCCCGUCGCCUUCUGGUCCGACAAUGGGCCCCAAUUUGGCGCAGCAGAAUUCCGGCGCUUCCUAGCUGAUUGGGGAAUUAUCCCCCUGACGUCUUCGCCAUAUUACGCCAAGUCGAACGGCCGCGCGGAGGCCGCGAUCAACACCAUGAAGACCCUCAUUCGUGGCUCAUGGACAUCGGGCGCUUUUGACGAAGCAAAAUUCGCGAAAAGUAUCUUGCGUUUCCGCAACGCGCCACGCUCAGGUGGUGCCUCACCAUCGCAGUUAGUGUUUAACCGCCCGGUUCGUGAUUGUCUGCCAGCCCACCGUCGCUCGUUCGCGCCCGAGUGGCAAAAAGCAACUGACACGCUGGAAAAACGGGCGAGACAAUCAAAGGAGCUGCAGAUUCCCCAUUACAACAAACGAACUCGACCAUUGGCCGCGUUUGUUGUCGGCAACCACGUCCUGAUCCAGCAUCCCGUUAGUAAGCAGUGGGCCACCCCCGGAAUAAUCGUAGAAGUUGGCCGGCACCGAGAGUACCUCAUCAAGACUCCGGCCGGAAGAAUCUUCCGACGCAAUCGGCGUUUUCUCUGCCCGCGCAUCCAGAUUUUCCCGGGCACCGGAAGCGCACCAACUGCUACUCCAAUCCAGCCUGAACCGGCUCCAGCACCUCCACCGGAACCGGUCCAGCCACCAGCCGAACAACAACAACAACAACAAGACGUCCAGCCGCCGGCCGACCAGCUUCCACCAACGAACGACCCAGCACUGCCCGCCCUACGUCGGUCAACGCGUCCCCGCCAGUUGAGACGUCACUUCUUUCCAACAGAUUGGACACAAUAG